AUGACCUCGAACGAUAGGCACGCCUCCCAUGACUCUCCCUACCGUACUGGAGAGCACGUUCCUCUCAGCCAGAGCCGCCACGCACCCCUCACCUCCGUAGCUACCAGCGCCUUCGAAUCCCGUCCAGAUCUUUCCUCAUCUUUUGAGGAAGAUUCAUCGAAGCGAUCGCAGCGUUGGUCGGAGUCUCAAGACCAUGUCAUUUCUCCACCCCGACCAUACUCGCCAGGUAUGAGAUCCAAGCAAAGAACGUCAAACGAGCAGGACGAAGGCGUGCAGAUGCAGAGUUUCCACGAUGGUGCCCCGCCGCCUCCUCCGGUUUCCCAUUCCUGGAAAAAAAUUGACAAAUGGACGGAGAGAAAUUACGAGGAACUUUUCGACCAACUGUGUGAGGGUUGCACCCAGAACGAUGUCAAUGAGUUAGAGCAUGAACUAGAUUGUAGCCUACCAUUGGAAGUCCGGGAGUCUUUGAUGGUUCAUGACGGCCAGGAGCGAGGUGGUAUGCCGACCGGUGUCCUAUUUGGUUGCAUGCUUCUUGACUGCGAGGAGAUUGUACAGGAAUGGAGGAACUGGAGGAAAGUCAACGAAGAAUUCCUAAGCACAUCUACUCUAUCUGGGCCUCAACCCCCUCUAAAAGCAUACGGAGGUGCCUCGAGUUCAUCUUCAAGUCCCGCCCCAACCCAAUCUAACCCUCUCUGGCGCCAGGAGCUGCUUGACCGACAGGAUUCCCAGCCGCCUCGAGCUAUUCAAAAAGCUUAUGCUCACCCAAGCUGGAUCCCUCUUGCGCGUGACUGGGGGGGUAACAAUAUUGCCAUCGAUUUGGCACCCGGACCUGCAGGGAAAUGGGGCCAAGUCAUUCUCUUCGGGCGCGACUACGAUUGCAAAUAUGUUAUAGCCAGAUCAUGGGCAGCUUUUCUGGCUAUGGUGGCUGAUGACUUCCAUUCAGGCAAAGUUAUUGUGGACGAAGACUCCAAUGAGUUGAGAUUGAAGCCAUUCAGAAACGCUGACCCUCCGUAUUUGGAGAUUCUUCGUUGGCGUACUGAUCAAAAACACGGUCGCAAGCCUCCCAGGAAACGUCCGGGUCCUGGUGGUCUUGGUGUUAACACCGCUGUUAACGGCAAAACGACUAGGGAUUCUCCAUAUGGCAGUCCAACUCCGAGCACUGAAGAGAGGGGCCGCUCCCCGCAUCGAUUUCCUUCUCGAGGCCCUAAUGGUAGCCCCAAGGGAGGUUUAGCAUUAUCAAGUCCACUAGCUCGAGUUGCAGAGGAAGCGUCAUCCCCGAUAAAGGAUAACGAAUCGAACGAUGCGGACAAGGGAAAAUCGAAAGAUGCUGAUCUCGUCGACCUUACCUCUCCUGCUGUGUCAGUUAAAGCGGAGCCAACUGCUGUUACCGACACGAAACGGGAUAGCGACAUUGACCAAACCACUAGCAAGCGUACUUCCAAAGCUGACAAGCCGAAGAGCGGCAUAUCAACUCCGCGCUCAUCAAUAGGUCUAGGGGUGAAAGAGCUCGAAGGAAUGAAAAAUGUCACGAUCUAA